UUUGCCUUUUGACUUACUUGUAUUUUUUCUAAGCCUCUCUGUUUACCCGGCUAAUAAAGCCAGCUCCAUGUCACUUACUGUCUGCUGCCUGGCAUGCACAUUUGCACCUGAGCCCAGCCCAGCCCACCUUGCUCAAAUAUGCAAAGCUGCUAUGGAAAGCAGACACUGAAUGCUCCAGCCGCCAGCUGGAAGCCUGUGCCAGUCUAUCUGCCGCAGGUGAAAGUCACCUUGCCCCCAAACUCCUCGGGGAGCUCAGAGAGAGAGAGAGGCCUGCUUUGCCUUGAGCUUGUCCCAGCGUGGCAAUCGUUAAUCAGAUUCUUCGCAUUCCUGACUGCUGGCCUGUUAUGGAAGAAUGACCAAGGGGGAUCAAGUCAGCCAGGACUGGCAGCCAGACAUGCAGCUCACUGGGAAGCUGGCACUUUCCGCAGCAGCUCUGCUUCUACUGACUUUGGCUUAUAGAGUCUAUAAGUCCCGGCCAUCCAGCCGCAGGAUCCGAAAAGCCGACCGUGGAACAGGGCAGAGAGAAAAGGCUGGAUCUGGAAGGGGAGGCGCAGAAGAAAUGCCACAGGGACUCAGGUACAGGCAAGUCAACAGCAAUGGGGUGAGGCCAAGCAGCAGCAAAGGGAAUCAAGGUGCGCACCUGGGUGGGACGGUCGUGCCGGGAAAUGCGCGGGGCCCACAAAGCACACCGCUCAGGGAAGAUCAAAGGCUGCCGAAGGGGGAGGAGGAGGAGGAGAAAGAGAAGGGAACAGAGGCUUGUCAGCUGGUCACUGAAUCACAGCCAGGCAGAAAGCAGCCUGUUUCAGAGGGAGAGGGGCAGAGUCCAGGUGUGGUCCCGAGCGCGGGGCCGAUGGCAACAGCAGACGGUGCAGAGCAGGAGGCGCCGGUGGCAGAAACAGAAGCCGGGGGUAAGCGUAACGUUUGCGGUCUGGCAAGCAAACCGGACGGCUCUGUAGAGGACAGCAGGGACGUAGCCUCGCAGCAAUCUGGGUUUAGCGUCAGCCUCAGGCACAAUCCUUGCAGCACCCAACCAGGAAACGCUGCUGAGCUCACAGCAGCUGACAGAUCCACCCCGAACACUGAGGAGGAGGAGGAAGUAGGAGACAUGAGUGAGAGUUUGGUUUGGAACCAGGAGGCCUGCGCUGGCCAGGAGAGGAUUCAGACCCUCAAUGCCACGUCAGACAUGGGCUUAGCCAUCAACCAAAGCAAUAAGAGGUCUGAGGCCUCCUACGCUUUCUCCUCUGUUGCAAAGAUACAGGUGGAGGAAAACUAUAUUAAAGAGAGGCAGCCCAGGGAAGAAAAGCCACGGCAGUCCACAUCCUCUGCUACUAGCCUGCGAGGCAAGGUCUAUGACUACUACGUCCAGUCCACCUCGCAGUCUGUGUCGAAGGAGCGGCCCUGCUCGUACACCGGCUCACUCUACGACCCUGACAAAAUCCGUGAAGAGCUAAGUGAAUAUGAAACUUGGCUGCGCAUGUCUACACCCCAAGAACCAGCCAGGGAGUCGGCAGUGGGAGAUGAAGACCGAGCAUCACCAACAGCAAACACCCCACCCAUCUCUCCCAGUCUCCUGCCUUCCAGACAUCCCACAGAGAGUGGGGAGCCUGCAGACUGGGGUGGUGCAUCUGAUCAGGGCAGCUCCUUCCCACCCGCCCAGAAGACAGCUGAACCAGAACGCAGGUUGGGCAGGAAAGAGAGUUUCCACCAAAUUGCAGAUAACCCCGAACUUCAGGUGCAGAUGGAAGGGUUUGGGGCUUUGACACCAGCCGGCAGAAGAUCUGACUCAAGCACUCCCCCCACUAGUCCUCUCCGCUCCGGCUCCGUCGUUUCCUGGGUGGAAUCGUUUCACAGGCUCCAGCCUCAAGCAAGCAACGAACCCAGAGUGGAACUCAUUGCUGGUGCCAACUUCUUCAAAGUCCCAUUAAGCUUGCAGUCCGACGUGGACAUUCACUUGGAUUUGGGGAACUGCUAUGAUGUCCUGUGCAUGGCCAAGAAGCAGAAAGUGGACAGUCUCCAGGAGGCAGCUUAUAAGGUCAUGAGCGACAAUUACCUUCAGGUCCUGAAGAACCCAUCAAUCUACGGGCGCCUCAAUGCCAGGGAGAGGGAGCUGAUCCUCCUGAGGAGGAUGAAGGGCAGGAAGUACGUCACUGUGGCGGACGUCAGCACUCAGGAGCAGAGCUUGCACACCAGCAGGCUCUGUUACUAUGAUAAUGAAGGCGACGUCUGGCAUCCGCUGUCCUAUAUGCCAGUGGAGGCGGUUUCUAGGGGGUGUGCCAUCUGCAGCAUGUUCAAUUACCUCUUUGUGGUGGCUGGCUGCGAAGGGGUGGGCCAGCACCAGAAGCCUUCCAACAGGGUCUUCUGCUACAACCCCCUGACCAAUAUCUGGCAGGAGAUCUGCCCACUGAACCAAGCCAGGCCUCAUUGCAAGCUUGUCGCCUUGGAUGGGUGCCUGUAUGCGAUUGGGGGAGAGUGCCUCUAUACUGUGGAGAGGUAUGACCCCCGCCAGGACCGGUGGGCCUUCACCGCGCCGCUGCCCAAUGAUACCUUCGCCGUGGCCCACACCGCAACGGCGUGCGACGGGGAGAUUUAUGUGACCGGGGGCACACUGCGCUACAUGUUGCUCCGGUACGUCAGCCGGUCGGACAGCUGGAAGGUCAGCAUCGCCGGCGGGAGCAAGGACCGGACCACCGAAAUGGUCACCGCCGGGGGCUUCAUCUACCGCUUUGACCUCAACCGCAGCAUGGGCAUCAGUGUCUACCGCUGCAGCCCGAAAGCCAAGCUGUGGUACGAGUGCGCCACCAAACGCACGCCCUUCCCGCCCUGCUUCCAGUGCGCCGUGGUCGAGAACCUGGUCUACUGCAUCAGCCGCCAGUCCAACAUCAGGUUCCUGGCUGACUACGUCUCGCCGCGCUUCGGAGUCAAGGAGUUACAACUUUUCCCUUCCCCCCGAGGGACCCUCUUCCCCGUCGUCCUGGUGCUGCCAGACAGAGGCACGGUGCAAACAACGGUCUGAUGGGAAGCUAAAAAAAAAAAACCCUGAUUCUUCUCUCUUCUUUUGUCCUGUGCUCUUGGGCCAAAGGCAGCUCCCAGAGCCUGAGCCACAGAACUCAGAGCCUGGUCAAAUCCGGACUUCCCUGAAGUCCAGGGAUAUUCACUUCCACAGAUCUAAUUCAGCCCAUUAUAGAGAUGAUCCAACUGUGGCAUUUGCAUCCAAACUUUCAGGGGGGCUUUUAUCCUUGGUUCAAGCCCUUCUCUACUUAAAAAGCAGCCGGCGGCCAUGCAGGCCCUGGAGGGUGGGGAGGAACAAAGCAGGCUAACUGUAUAUUUCCAUUGCUAGCAAAUGCCUCCCACUAGCCGUUCCCGUUCAUCUGCCACAGAAGAUGCAAACAGCGGGUGCAUUGGGUGGGUGCCUUUGUUUUGUGGAUCCUUAAAUGCCUGUAAAUGUGGGUGCAAAUUAAAUGCAGGCCUCAGGCUCCUGGGAAGUUGCCACAGGGGAGCAAAGUUUGGGACACCUCUACAGUAAUUUUCCACUGUGCCUGGUGCGGUACAUCGCUAUGCCUUACAGGCAAGGGGUGUUUAUUACAUACCAGAAAGACAGUUGCAAAGGGAGCUCCCUGGAGGUUUUUCAAGUGUGCGGGUGGAGGGAGGGAGUCUGAAAGGGACAGCAUCCAGACUGUGUCAUUUCCACCAGUGCCAUGUCAAGGACUUCAGCUGCCUGCGAGGGCUGGAACUGAGGCAGGGUAUGGCCAUAGGCAUCAUCACCUAAAGCAAGCAGCUGAGCGGCGAGCCCCAUGUCCCCGUGUCGGCAGCCCCAGCAGGGAGGCCAGGAGCUGAAUGGGCUGCGGCUGCGGAGCCAGCUCAGGGCUGUGGCACCCAGGCAGGGCAUCAAGGGGGGAGCUGCCAUUGUUUAUGCCCAGGCCAUGAUCAUUCAGCGAGUAAAGAGACAACUUCAGCCUCCGCCGGGCCUGCCAAGAUGGCGCUUUCCAACAGCACGGUACGUUUUUGAAUGGCUAGAGAACUGGGCCGCUUCCAAAAAUAGCCCCAGGUCCCAGCCCACACCGAAUGCAGUUGCAGUUUCCAUGGCAAACGUCAGUGAGGCGAACUUUGCCCCAGCUACUGAGCCAAGCACGGAGAUCAGCUACCUGCUCUGGGCCUGGUUCACAGCUGUCCCGCGGCCCCUUUGCACUGGCUAUGAAAAGCAGCGGCCCAGCCCCUCGGCGCACAAGGCUUUUCUUACAGCUGUCUGUGCUCCCCCCUCCUCCUCCUCAGCAAGAGCUCCAGUAGCACCUAGCGUCUCCAGUCUGGAUCAGUCCCCACUGAUGUACAGCUGCGUAAGGCUAACUGUUGUGCUUUGGUCAAGUCAUUUAACCGCUCUGUGCCUCAGUUUCCCCAUCUGUAAAACGGGGAUAACGAUACUUAGCUACCUUACAGAGCAUCGCUAAGCUAAUUCAAGUCAGUGAAGACUAUGAAAGCCCUUCCGUGCAAGAUGCUAUCUAUUUAUUGAUCUUAGGGAUAUCCAAAGCACCUCUUGCCUUGUUAUCUAAAUGCUACAGAAGUACAAAUGUUUGGUAUUGAAUAAAACUAACCAAGAUCGGG